AUGUUUGACAUCACGAUACUAUGGCGGGCUCCACAGGUGAACCCCAUCAACAAGAAGGCUAGGUCAAUUCCUGGGCUCAACCCGAUCGAUAAGUAUGGUCGAGUGUUCUUCUUCUCCUGGUUCGGGUUCAUGAUCGCAUUUUGGUCAUGGUACGCUUUUCCACCACUUCUGUCCGACGUCAUUGCCGCGGAUCUGAAGCUGAAACCGUACCAAAUUGCCAACUCAAAUAUUAUCGCACUGACUGCAACUCUACUGGUUCGUCUCGUUGCAGGCCCAAUGUGCGAUAAGAUCGGCCCUCGCUAUACGUUCGCAGCCUGCUUGCUCGCUGGUGCUGUUCCGACUUUCCUCGCUGGUGCCGUAUACAACGCAGCUGGAUUGAUGGCCUUGCGCUUCUUUAUCGGUAUACUUGGUGGUAGCUUCGUGCCCUGCCAAGUCUGGUCUACCGGCUUUUUUGACAAGAAUGUUGUGGGCACUGCCAACGCGCUGACUGGUGGCUUCGGUAAUGCUGGUGGAGGAAUUACCUAUUUCGUCAUGCCUGCUGUCUUCAACAGUCUGGUCGGUGAUGGGUUGUCUCGACAUGUCGCGUGGCGUGUGUCUUUCAUUGUGCCUGGCAUUCUUAUCGUGGUCACAGCCAUCCUUCUUGUCGUUCUUUGCGAAGACUGCCCGACCGGAAAAUGGUCUGAGCGUGAGGAAGCUGCUGAGGCCAACCUUCGCUCUCACAGCGUUAGCGGCAGCAUUGUUCCUGUCCCGGGCGAGAUCUCUGCUCAUCGUGACUCCAACACAGAGGCCGGUUCUGACAAGGAGGCCAAGGUCGGUGCUGAGGAAGAUAAGCACUAUGCUGAUAACGAGGCCCAUAUUGGUGCUGAGCAAAUGAUUGAAGCAGCCAAGGGCGAGGUCAUUCAGAAACCAACGGUUCGGGAAGUCUUCAGCGUCGUUUUCUCUCUUCAGUGCCUUGUCACUGGCGCUUGUUACUUCUGCUCAUUUGGAGCUGAACUUGCGAUCAACAGCAUCCUCGGCAGCUACUACAAGAAGAACUUCCCGAAACUUUCGCUCCAGGAUCAGGGAAACUGGGCUGCCAUGUUUGGCCUUCUCAACGUCGUCUUCCGGCCACUGGGUGGUGUCGUUGCUGACUUAGCCUACGCCAAGACUAAGAGCGUUUGGGCAAAGCGAGUCUUGCUACACACAUAUGUCACCCUUACCGGCGUCUUCUUGAUUAUCAUCGGCAAGAUUGACUCCAAGGACACCAGCACUAUGUUCGGAUUGAUGGCUGGCAUGGCUUUCUUCCUCGAGGGCGCCAACGGCCUGAACUUCGCCUACGUCCCACACGUUCACCCAUUUGCCAAUGGUGUUGUGUCCGGAUUCACGGGUGCGUGUGGCAAUUUUGGCGGAAUUAUCUUCGCCAUAGUUUUCCGCUACAACCUCACUCCUAAGGGCACGCAGGAUUUCCCCAAAGCGUUUUGGAUUAUUGGCGCUAUUUGCAUUGGUCUCAACCUCGCCACUGCCUGGAUUCGACCUAUUCCCAAGGGUCAGCUUGGAGGUCAUUAA